CGCCGGUGGAGCAUGGCGGCGGCCGCGGAGAUCCAGUUCGCCCAGCGCCUGGCGUCCAACGAGAAGCGGUUCCGCGACCGGGCGGUGCGGAGGCUCCGCCGCUACUUCAGCGCCCGCUCCCAGCGCCUCUCAGGUGGUUUCAGUCAAGAGGAACUACUCAAAAUAUGGAAGGGCAUCUUCUACUGUAUGUGGAUGCAAGACAAGCCUCUUCUGCAGGAAGAACUGGCAGAUUCGAUUUCCCAUCUUGUACAUACUUUCAGGAAUCUGGAUGCCAAGUUCCUGUUCCUAGAGACGUUCUUCCAGACUAUGAAUCGCGAGUGGAAUGGGAUUGAUCGCCUGCGCUUGGAUAAAUUCUACACUCUGAUCCGGUUGGUACUGAGGCAGUUUCUUGAAGAACUGAAAAGCACAGGCUGGGAUAAAAGUGUUGUCAGCCGUUUCCUGAGAUGUGUGAUGGAUGAAGUGCUGAAUCCCGCCAGGAACGAUGCACCCUGUGGGAUUCGUUAUCAUUUCAUUGACAUCUACCUACAAGAGUUGGCAAAAGUUGGUACACAGCAGUUGACCGCAGAACAAAACCUGAAGUUUAUUGAUCCUUUCUGUCAAAUUGCUGCCAAAACCAAAGAUCGAAUUUUGUUUCACAUGAUCUCCCAGGGAAUCUUUGAGCUGAUUGUGGACCAGGCACCUUUUGCCAUUGAGGAUUUAAUGAAUGAGCUGCAGGCCAAUGAGGAGGAUGACGCAUCGGGCGAGGAACUGAAAUCGAGUCAGGAGAACGGAGAUCCAGCCAAACCAAAGAUAAACGGGUCCGUUUCAGGGGAAGGAGCUGAACUGAAUGGAGAUGGAGAGAAUCCAAAACAUUCUCAACACAAUGAUGAUGUUGGUCCUGUCCUCCAGUUUGACUAUGAGGCUGUUGCUGACCGGCUGUUCCAGCUAUCCAGCAGGGGGAGCACCCCUGCCCACAACAGGAAACUCCUCUACAAGCUGGUGCGAAAGUUCCGGGAUUUAGCUGAAGGAAUCUUCCCUCAAGACGUCAUUCCUCAUGACAUGUCGUCAGAUGAGGAAGAUGAAGAUGAUUUUAGCUGGAAAAAGAAAAAGAAGAAACAAAGACGGGAAAAGGCUUUGUUGGGGGAGGAGGAAGGAGAGAGUAAGGAGAAAGCUGGGAAAGGGAAGAUCAAAAAGAAACGGUGUUCCAAGGGGAGGCUGCCAUCGGGGACCAAUGAGAGUGCAGAGCCAACCGGGGAGAUUGUGACCGAAGUAUCUGAUCCUACAGACCAGGAACUCCCGAGGAAAAAGAAGAAAAAAUCAAGACAGGUUGAUGCAACUGUGAUCCCAGAGAGCACGCUGCUCAGCAGUGACAUGCCAAGGAUUGAAAGUCGGGGACAGGAAAAUCUAGUCGGGGAAGACCAAGUAAGCGAGUCUAAGUCUGACGCACAGCCUCUGACAUCUGUUGUGGACUCAGUCACCCCGGUUCCCAAGCUGAAGAGGAAGAAGCAGGUGCAGGCUCAACUCUGUAACGGGAAGAGCUUGCCUGAAGACUCAACUCAAGAGCCUGUUGUUAGUAAAAAAGUGAAAGGAGUUCUGGUGAAGCUUAGAAAGCAAACCAAGAAGCAGGCGGUUGGUGAUGAAGUACCUGCCAGCCAGGCACCAGUCAGGAGCAAGAGGAAGGUGAGGGAGCUGUCCGAGGGGCCCAGCAAGAAACAGAAACUGAAGAACAGUGCCACAUCCCAGGGUGACGCCAGGCCCUGUGCUCCAGUCAAGGCCUUGAACACAGCAGAAACCAGUGAGUUUGUGAAGUUUGAAAAAAUUCCUAUACCAAAGCCCAUCUUCUUCAAGAAAGUGAGGAGUGCCGAGACUACUCCCAGGCGGUGUAACGAGAUUAAAACCAUGUCAACUUCCAGUGGAAAGAAAGUACGGUUUGGGCUGAGAAAGAACACAACAGCAGAAUUUAAAAGGACGGACAAAAGCAUUCUGGUGAGCCCGGCGGGGACAUCUCGUGUUGCGUUUGACCCAAAGCAACAGCCUCACCACAGCGUGUUAAAGUCCAACUCGACGCCAACCUGCUCCCCUGUCCUUCGGCCCAAGAGAGCCUCGUUCUCAGUGAAGAAACGGCCCACAGCCAUGGACUUCUUCUAAGCUCACCACAGCUGCCUUUCUACUCAGUAUUUUGCUCUGGUUGUUCAGCCCUGUGGAUUCCAGAGUUGUGUCGUUUCCUUCGGUCAUUCAGUUGAGUGCUCUCUGUGAGGUGGGCUGUGCACUCACCCUAAACACCAGCUAGUUUUGGCCCAGGCUGACACCAGCUGACUGCCUGCUCCCAAUUCCAACUAUCUCGCACCCCCAUCCACUCUCCUUUUCUUCAGGGGAGUGCUGUUGGGUGGGGUGAGAAAAAUUGCUUUCUUUAUCUGCCCCUUCCUCUCAGAGUUGCUUAUUUUGGUUAAGGUCCCAUUCCUCAAACACACGGCAAUUCUGUCCAUUUUGGGUAUUUUGAUAGCUGCCACUAUUGUCUACAAAUCAGAGGGCCAAAUCCCCCAAUCUAUUGAGGUACUGUCAGGGGUGCAGAACUGGGGAAGUGCACGUCUGAGGGAGUGCCACACUUCCACAGGGGUGUCAUUCAAGAGCUCCCUGCUAUUCCCAUCGAUCCUCGGGACCUUGGAGGAAUUCAUCAGGUAUGAAAGUCCUUCAGAUGUUUGAGAGAUUGGAAUAAUAGAAUUGUCACAACAUGGAACUACUCCAUUUGGCUCACCAACCUUCUGCUGCUCAAGUCAGCAAGGGAUAAUGCAAAAUACACAGAACAGUUUCCUCUUUUUAUGAAGGGAUUUAUCUCAGUAGCCGUGAGGUUGGUACCAACUGGUUCAUCACCAUUUCUCUUUAUCGCUCUAUCUGGACCUUCUGUGUUUUACCUCAAACAUUGGACAAUAAAAAGCAAUCUGGCAGGCUGGUUUCUAAA